AUGCCGUCCAAAUUUAGCAAAAAAACCAAAAAGGCGUCAAUCGAGCCGUCGGCUCUCACCCUGCUGGAUGGUCCGACAAAGGGCAAGCGCGGCGUUUUUGGCAAGCUUGCGACCUAUAAACCGCUGUUUCAUUUGGGUGGAAAGGCGAAGACAGCGGUGCGCGUCCCGGCGGAGACCCCGGUAUCUGCACAGCGAGCAUCGUCACCCGCUCGGUCAUCCACACCCAGUAUGCCCAAGCCACAGACGCCUUCUCGUUCAAUUUCCAACCGACGCACUCUUCCUCCUAUGAGUCCAUCGACUCCUCUACGCUCAUCCAUGGUUCCACCGACUCCUACACGAUACGGCGGAUCACCGUUCUCGCGAUCCCCGCCAUUCCAGGAUGACGUGAACCUGCCCUCGAUCGUCACUCCAUUCAACAUCGAGGGGAUCGACGACCGUUAUCAGAGAACUAUGGCUCAGGCGUCGACUGCGUGGCAGGAGAGAAUCAUCCCACGUCUCAUUCCCGUAUUCAUAAAGAUCAUCCACUCCACCCGCGGCUUCCAACGUCUCCAGGAGCUGCCGAUUCCUGGCCGUCGAGUCUGUAGAUGCGGCAAGACUCGCCUUUGUAAGGUGUCCGUCUGUCGUAUGAACGGCAUGUCUUUUGUCUCCGAGGCGUUUGCACUGGCUAAUCUUACAGCAGAGAUAUAUGAUAUUCAGAUAGACGCUUGCGACUGCGUGCCGGCCGCACAACAGCUGCUGGAAGCGGGGCUUUUCCCCUCCGCCCCGUUACAUCCGUCGUUCGCGGUCGAGCUUCAUGUCUUGGAGCUGACCCGAGAGGUAUUCCUGCGGACCUCUCCAAACAACACGGCCUGGACGGCAGCGCUGGAGGCUUUUCUACAAAAUCUUGGUUUCCAGCUUGAUCAUGAGGGAACACUGCGCCGCUCCUUUGCCUCAGCGCUGGAGUGGUACUCACAUCUCCGUAACGUCGUCGAUGAGCACGUCGAUGUUCUCCAGGAGAAGGUUCGGCGCGACGUGGUUGGAGAUGCCGUGCUCGACUCCACUGCCACUCCGCCGCAGAUGGGCACUCGCAAACGGGAUCACAAACGCCCUCUGGAAAAGGAGAAUCCGUUUGCAACACCCAUCAGGCGCACUCGCGCGUCUGAGUAUCUGCGACGUCGAUGCCCCGCGUGCUUUGGGGAUAUGAAGCAUGAUCGCGACUCAACUGCCGAUGUCUGCGUCUGCACGGAUGCAUGCUUCACACAGAAGCGCGAAGCUGGGAAUAUGGAUCCACCCAAGAUCCAUCCGCACAGCGUUUUUAUAUCGGCCGGGACUUGCGAGGAGAUGGAAGCAUAUGUCGAUGAAGUCCGCGGUUCUAGGCCUCUGCCAGGACGUCCCGCACCCAAGAAACGCCGCGGCGCCCGCGUGAAGGCCACCGUAGCCGUCGAGGAGGAGGAGGAGGACCACAUAGAGUAUGAGGCUCUGCAGGUCCCCAAAUCCGUUCUCGACGGCUGCGAAGACUCCUUCAAGGCCGCCGACGAAAGUCGAAUGAGAUCCGACUCCGAUCGUUUUGACGACACCGGUCUCAUGGCUUUGCUGUGCCGGCAUGAUCGCGUGCUCUGGAUGGCGAAUAUGAAGUCCAAAGGAGAGAAACAGUUCUACACGCUUGCCCUGUUGGAAACGUUGUUCCAAGACCUUCCAGAGGACAUUGUCGUGGCCAUUCUCUACGACAUCGCAUGCCAACUCCAUCGAUCCGUUCUCAAGUGGGGCUUCCUCGCGCCGUUCAUCAAGCGCAUGGUCUUUGCUGUGGCUGUGUUUCAUGCAUUCGUGCACCGACUGGAAUGUCAACUGCGCUAUCAUCCUCGAAAAAGGGAAGGGCUGGGCUUCACCAGCGGUGAAGGGUGUGAGCGAUUGUGGCAUCUCAUCAGUCGUCUGAUCUCGUCUCUCCGCAAGUCUGGGUUUCACCACCGGCUAUAUACGUUGAACACCCAACUCCGAUUCAUUGAUGAGAACAACUUGUUUGCCCUUGGUGCCUGGAUGGCGCGUCGGCAGGCCUUCUGUGACAACAAACAGGCGAGCGCCGAGGCCAUUCUGGCUGAGAUGGCGAAGAGAGGAUACAGUCGCGCCGACUUGGCUCAGCAGUGGGACCUUCAGGUGAAGACGCAGACCAAACCACAGCCAAGUCGCUCGAAACAUCUCGGCGUUCAGGCAGUGAACGAGGUGCUCGCGUUGCGCGGGGAGAAGAAGGCUGCAAAAGACCGGGUCUGUGAAGCCGAGCAGACCUGGAAGGACGCCACUGGGGCAGAUGACUCUGCCCGGCUCGAUGCGCGUUCAGCCCUUCUGGAAGCGCGGCUCGAUCUGGAGACUGUGACGGAGAACCUGGCCAAAAGGGAGGCUGCCUUGGGAGUCGAUGGACAAGCGCGCUUGGAGAAGGCACAGAAGAGCAAGUUCUUCGAAUACCGCAUGAAUGCGCUUGCCCUCAAGACACUUAUCCUCAGUCUACUACGAUCUCGAAACUUGGAGCUUUCGGAAUUGAAGCGGUCAGGUCAUCGCCAGCAAGGAUCGAAUGGUAUGAUCUCAAUACUCUCCACUGUCCGCAUGUCGCUGAUCCGUGGGAUAGAAUGGAAACUUCGGAGCGCGAUAUCCACCUCUGUGCGAAAUCGACUUCCGCGAAUCCGUCGACUUAUCACGGAGUACAACAAGCUCUGUUCGAAACUUGCGGACCUUGCCAUUCACCGUCAAGCGCCCAAGGGGGCGAAGAUUCCGGCGACGAUCGAUCUCAAGGCCAUUCCGACCCUGGAUGUGGAUGACAGCAUCUGGGACGAUGCCGGUCUCACCGACGCCGAUCUGGGUACCACCCCCCCGCCCUGGUUGGUAGAUGACUCAGUCAAGCGCGGCAUCAGAGCACUUUUGGACGAGAAGCGAGCCGAGGAGGAGGGUAGGUUCCUGCGCAACGAGAGACGCUCAAUGAAGGCAUGGUUUCAAGAGGAGUGGUUGGUCGUCAAUCGGGCACUCGAAUCCGCUGGUGAGUUCUUGCUGCUUCAGCGUCUGACCAACCUGACCACAACAGAUUGUGAUGCCCUUCAAUUCCAAUUCCAAAUCCGCAGGACGAGGCUUGUUGCGCUCUGUGCUGUGUGGCAGAGCUCGCUUCCCGCGGGGGACUUCGUUACUCGCUGGGGUCCCUCCGAUGUUGAGUUGGCCGAGGUGGAUGUGAAAAAGCAUCAGCGACAAAGGAAUGGUGACAUUGUAGAUGUCAAUCCAUUUUCCGCUCCACUCGAAAUCGUUGCCGAAGAGGAUGACGGCCUUGCAUGGGAUCUGUUUGACAUUUGA